GGAGAAAUCCCGGAUAAUCUGGCGGGAAUGCCUCGCCAAACUCGCUUUCCUCUGUCCCAUAAGGUCGUCAUGAACGCGCCGUUCCACGACGAUGCCAUGCUGGACGACGCAAUGCUCGUCGAUGCCUUGAAUUCUAUUGAGUACAUGAAUGGAAUUACCAAAGACGCAGCACCUGUCGAAGGUAGCGCCAUCAUGAGCACAGAAGGUGACCAUCAGGCGUUCGAAGAUGAACCCAAUUCCGCAUUCCAUGCGGCCACAGACGCACCAUUAUCGGCGGUGGAAGGCCAAACGACGUUGUCGCGCGUAGAGAACACAGACAAAGUAGUGCCCGUUGGGGAGACUUCACCCACUGGCCCAACUGCCGCAUCGACGAUCCCUGUCUCUCGGACGCCUGUGGUUGAUUCGAGUUCAGUCACGACACCUGCCUGCACUCAAUCGAUGCAACUCGAAGCAGCAUCGACCGGUGCAGGCAGCACGCAGCAUUCAGGUUCGUCGGCGUUUCCAUACAAGCAAAUCGUCGUGACCAAGGAAAGCGGACUGCUGGGAUUUGGCGUACUACCCGUCCGUGGGGUUUGUGGAGUUCAAGUGUCGACGUUGCAGCCCGAUUCAAGUGCCGCUAAGGCGGGUUUACGUGUUGGUGAUGUGCUGCUCAAACUGGACGACACGGACGUGAGCAAAAUGGCAAUGCCAGCGAUCAUUCAGAUCCUUCAGGCCGUGGUCACGGGCAAGCCACUACACAUCUCGCUGUUCAGGCCGUCCGUGGCAGUGCCAACGACUGCUCCAAUUAGCAUGUCCAAGCUUCAACACAAAGCAGAGUUCAAAUCAUAUUAUUGUUGCUUCGAGUGCAAAUACUGUGCAGCAGAAGGUGGUUUGAGCCCAAAGUAUUGA